GACCCCGUCACAAAACCACCAUCUCCGAAACUCAAUUGUCUUUACAGAUUCAUACAUAUACAUAGAUCGAUCGAUCCACAAAAAUCCUCCAAAUUAUUUCAACUUCUUAAUAAUCACCCCCUCCUAAAAUUUUUGGAUCUAUUAUUACUCUCCCAUAAUUAUAAUUAUCUGAUUCAUCUAUCAUCAGGUAGGGGUUUUUAAAAGAGAAAAGACAGCAUAUUAAUAAUGGGGGGAGUCAUGUCAAGAUUCUGGUUCAUGUUAUUUCCUGCUAAGGAAUACAAGAUUGUUGUUGUCGGGUUGGAUAAUGCCGGAAAAACGACCACCCUUUAUAAGUUGCAUCUUGGUGAGGUUGUCACGACUCAUCCUACUGUUGGUAGCAACGUCGAGGAGCUCGUGUAUAAGAAUAUACGAUUUGAGGUGUGGGAUCUAGGUGGGCAGGAAAGAUUACGGACAUCAUGGGCUACUUAUUAUCGUGGAACCCAUGCUGUGAUUGCAGUUAUAGACAGUACAGACAGGGCUAGGAUUUCGAUCAUGAAAGAUGAACUGUUCAGAUUGCUCCCAAAUGAGGAUCUUCAAAAUGCAGUACUUCUGGUAUUUGCAAACAAGCAGGACUUGAAGGAUGCAAUGACCCCAGCUGAAAUAACAGAUGCUCUUUCCCUUCACAGUAUCAAGAACCAUGAUUGGCACAUUCAAGCAUGUUCUGCCCUUACAGGUGACGGGCUCUACGAUGGUUUGGGUUGGAUUGCUCAAAGAGUUACAGGAAAAGCAACAUGAAGGAAAAAAAAUCACAUUUUGUUAAAGUUUUAUUGUUAAAAUACACACGGAACUUGUGUACAAUCUGAUUCCAGGCUUUUUAUCCGUUUCAUUUUGAGAUUCAUGAUGCUGUAACAUAAUUUGUCACCUGGUUAUUAAAGGUAUCAUAGUGCUUUACUUUCUCUUUUA